GAAUCAAUUGAGUCAAAAUGUUUUCUUCACCAGCAGUUGUUGUAAGUGCUUUUUUGUUACUUGCUUGUGUUUUUUCAACAACACUUGCUAAUCCAGCUAAAAAUCAAACCCUCGUCGAAAUUAUUACCAUCGAUGAUGCAUCAAAACUUAAGGAUAUUUCAAAAGGGGCCGAAUUGAUACCUAUGAGUCAAGAUCGCGACACUAAAGGUGUGAUUCGUUAUACCUUGGGAAACCGUUCUUCAGGUGAUAGACUUGUUUCUCAGGCAUCUGAUUCAGUAUCUUGGAAUACACCACAAAGUGUUCAACUGCGUUUGGAGUAUCCGGCGAGUGGCACUGGAGCUGUUAUUACUCAUGUCCAAAUUGAUGUAAAUCAAAGCUCAAACAGUGGACAGGCUUAUGUUAUAGCAGGAGGAAUUGGCCAGCGAAGAAUUGUUAUUAUUGUUGAAGCUUACAAUACCUACUAUUUUAGUUACGUAUCAAACAUUUACGGAAUCUAAUGAAAUUCGAAAAAAUCUUUCGUGAAUAUUGAAAUAAAACGCGUUGACAAUACCCACAAGUUUAAA